UAAAUUUACCAAAACAAAUGCACAUCUGACUGGCUGGAAUGCGAGCCCGUGUGUGCGCGUCCAGUCACUCGUAACCAGAGCCACAUUUGCAACAAAGCCACGGCGGACGAAACGUCAAGUUGUGUCAGGGAUCGGGUGAGAGCGGGGAGGCUGGGGGAGGAGAAUUCCCUCUGCUCCUUUGGCAUUUCCAGCGCCACUGUUAAAAGUAGCAGCAGACCCAGCCUGCUCCGUCGAGCAGCCGCCCUUCGACAACAAAGCGCUGGGCCAGCGCAGCGCCGUAACUCGGGCCCCCGGUGCCCCGGCAGCCAGGCGAUGGGUGGCUUUCUCUUCCUCGUUAUUCGCAAGGAAUCGGACGAUUCCGUUUCCUGUUCCUCGUGUCGUUGUUACUCGGAGCGGAUGUGUGCAUCGCCCACAGGUGAGUCUCUCUACCCCUCCCUCUUCCUCCCUCUUUCUCUCGCCUCUGGAUUAAACACAGGAUCAUGUGAGCUGCUCACCUUUCUUCACUCUCAGGCUGAGCCGCACUCCGAAAUAAAAGGAGGUUUGUUACCAAAGUGGUCAUAUAAUAUCACUGAUCUCCAGUAACUCCAGAACAGACUUGCAACACAAGCUCAACAUCGGGACGUUAAGGCUAGUUUAGAGAUUUCCAGCAUGUACAACAGCUCUGAGUUGCAGAAAGGUAGACAAAAAUGCUGGAGAAACUCAGCGGGUGAGGCGGCAUCUAUGGAGCGAGGGAAAUAGGUGACGUUUCGGGUCGAAACCCUUUCUUCAGACUGAAAACCCUUCUCCAGCAUCUGAGUUGCAGAAAUUACUGCUGCACAAUUUACAAAAGGCUAGCAUUUCAAUUUUGGAAAUGUCACCGUCGAUUUGGAUAUUAGGUGCAUUUGGAAUCUUUAAUCUAUGCUUGAAGUGUGGGAUUGAAGGAUAUGAUAAAUUUAACGGCAGCACGAAGCUACUCCACGUCGCCAUAGACACCACCACUGGACGAGUGUACGUUGGAGCGAUAAAUUGCAUCUAUCAACUGACGGCAGAACUCCGUCAUGAAAGUCAUUUCACAACUGGUCCAAAAAAAGAUGAUCCAAAAUGUGUCCCUCCAAUUAAUCAUGAUUGCAAAACUGCAAAAGAUACUGAUAAUUACAAUAAACUUAUUUUAAUAGACAGGACCGACAAUAGCCUUGUGAUAUGUGGAAGUGUAUACAGAGGGAUUUGCUCACUCUUGAACUUAAAUAACAUCAGUAAAAUAAUUUAUAAAAACGAGAAAGGUGGAGAAGCUACAUUUGUUGCAAGUAAGGACUCAACUGUGGGACUCAUAGCCUUCAUGAAUAAAGUUGAUAAAAAAAAUAAGGUGAUUGUUAUUGGAAAGACUCAGACAACAUACUCACCUGCAAUAAUCAGCACCAGAACACUUUCUCCUGACGAAAAUUCUCUAUAUUUUGAACUUAUUCAUGAUACUUCAACUUUGAAACUAGGCUCGCAUUACCAGUAUCGGCAUGACUUCAGAUUUUCAUUUAAAGACGAUAAAUUUGUUUAUUUCAUAUUUUCUCGAACAAAUGGAGUACAACCUGAACCUAAAACCUACAUAUCACGUAUUUGCCUUAAUGAUGUCUUCUACUAUUCUUACAUUGAAAUGGUCCUGGAGUGCGGUGACUUUAAUCUUGUGCAAUCUGCUUAUAUCACACACCCUGGAGUAAAGCUCGCAGGGUACAUGAGUGAAUCAGGAGACUAUGGGGCUGUGGCUGCACAGGAUAAAGUCCUCUUUGCUGUGUUUAAUAGAGGCAACCAAAAACCAGCUUCCCCUGAAAGAUCUGCAUUCUGCAUGUUUUCCUUGAAACAGAUAAAUGCAAGAAUUGAAGAAUUUAGAGAAAUUUGCUAUAAAUACAAAGGAAUGCAAAGUGGCAUCGAAAUAAUUUAUAACCCUUACAAACUGGAUAAUGUCAACAAUUGUCCUCAAGAUUCCAACCAGCAGGAUCAAGUAGAGGCAUAUCCUUGCAGUGGUGAACAUCUUCCAUACCCCAUCGCAAGCAGGAAGGGUAUUAAUGCCAUGCCACUGUUAAAGUAUAAUACCAAUUUAUCGGCAAUAGCUGUAAUGGUGGAGAAUAACAACACAAUUGCCUUUUUGGGCAACAUAAUUGGAAACAUUCAUAAGGUAUUUCUGGACAAAAGGGCAGAAGAAUAUCAAACUAUUUCUAUGAAUUCCAGCAGCCAAGUUAACAGUGACCUUGUUUUCGAUGCAAAAAGGGAUCACCUUUAUGUGGUGACAGGUAAACAGAUCACGCGUCUACCUGUACAGGAAUGCAUCAACGCCAAAACUUGUGAUUCAUGCAUUGCAUCUAAAGAUCCUUAUUGUGGUUGGUGUGCAUCAGAGGGAGUAUGUUCAAGGAAGUCGGACUGUCCCAAAGCUGGUGAAAAAGACCAUUGGCUGUGGAGUCUGGACAAAAGAUGUGUGGCAGUCAUUAGUGCUUAUCCUCAGAACAUGAGUCGAAAUGAAGGAGGCCUGGUACAACUGAAAGUUGACCCGUUCCCUGCUUUAACAAGCAAUGACAUCAUUGAGUGUUAUUUCAAUAAUGAAAGAGUUGAAACAACCAACACAACAGAUUCUGUUACCUGUCUGUUUCCACGUGUGGACACAAUUAUUGCUACACCCCCAGGUCAAGAUUAUGUUGAUGUUGAAGUAAAACUGAUGUAUGUGAGCGGAGGAAAAGAAGUAGCUUUCACAAGAAUACUUUAUUCAUUUUAUGACUGCAAUGCUGCCAUGAAAUUGUUUCCAAAUAUUCCGUGUGAUUCCUGUGUGGGGAACAAGUGGACCUGUAAUUGGGAUAUUUCAGAACACAAAUGUAAAGAUGGUAGUGGCAAUGCAGGCCAAUCAAAUAUUAUUCAAAGUAAAAUGGCUCAUAUGUGUCCACAAUUUGGAAAUCCUUCACCACUGUUCAUUUCAGUGAAUGUUACGAACAGCAUUACAUUUAAAGGGAAAAAUGUUGAUUUCUAUCGGGGGAAGAAAUUGAACCUAGUAAUUACUGUCGAUUCCAAAGAAUACCCCUAUGUUGUGAAGGACAAAUCAUUCAAUGAGUUUUCCAGUGAUGGGAUUAAGCUUUCCUCUGAUAAAAAUGAAACCCUUACCCUUCGUUUCUCUGUGCGAGCAGAUGGAAAGACGAUUGACAGUAGACUGGAUGUGACUCUCUACAAUUGUGGAUACAGCAACACCGACUGCAGUCUAUGCCUCAGUGCAGAGCAAGAAUACAUGUGUGUUUGGUGUAAGAGUACAAAAAAAUGUGUUUUUGGAAAGCUUUGCGAAGUUCCGGUUAAAAAUACGGAUGAUUGUCCAGCCCCAACUAUCUUGCAGUUGGACCCAGUAAAUGGACCACUCGAAGGAGGAAUUCUCCUGACCAUUACAGGCUCAAAUAUUGGAAGACGCUCUGAUGAUAUCAAAGAGAUCAAAGUUGGAAACUCUUCUUGCAUUCAAAUCCAAGAAAAAUAUGACACUUCUGUCAGGGUUGUUUGUAAAUUAGGUAACGUUGCUGAACCACAAAGUCAUUUGGUUCGCAUUGUGACAAAUAAUAACAAAGUGGGAAUGUCUGCUAUGAAGUUCACAUACACUGAGCCUAAGCCUUUAGCUAUAAGUCCAUCACGAGGGAUACAUGCUGGAGGAACCAGUCUAACAAUCACCGGAGAUAAUCUAAACACUGGAAAGCAAGAGGAUGUAAAAGUGAUGCUUGGCCAGAUUCAAUGCACUCUGACAACAUUUGAUAAGAGCUUGAUCUGCAUCACAGGCCCCUAUAAUAGUGCAACUUCUCAAGCUAUGAUCGUCCCAGUCUACGUACAUUAUGGGAACAAAUCCAAAAAGGAAAUUCAGAGUAAUAAAUUUUCCUAUGUCCCCGACCCAACAAUUGAUGAAGUUAAGCCAACAAAAAGCAUAUUCAGUGGGGGCCGAUAUAUCACAGUGUUUGGACAACGAUUUGACGCUGUACAAAAACGCAUUAUGAGAAUAGAAGUGUGGGAACAUGGAGCUCUUGUCGAUAAGAAUGAAAGGGAAGCAAUGAAUAAUUCCAACAGCACAAUGCUCAUCUUCCCCUCACCUCCUGCGAAUCAGAUGAAACCAUUAUUCUUCAUCAUAUUAGACAAUUUAAAUAAAAGUUUUAACUUUCAAUAUGUUGAGGAUCCACACUUUAAUCCUUUUCCAAAUGGAAUUCUUGUUCUCAAGCAGGCAUCAAUCAUCUUGGCGGGAACUCGUCUCAAUGAUGCAAUGACAGCAGAAGAGGUGAAAGCCUACAUUGGAGAGGAAGAAUGUAAAGUUACUACUCUUUCUCUGAAUGAUUUUGUGUGUACACCCCCAGAAAAACAACCACCACCCAAGAGGGUAAAAAGGGACCUGAAUUCAGAUCUUCCAGAAUUUGUUAUUAAAAUGGGAUACCGUGAAUACCUGCUGGGAAAAAUAAAAUAUGACACUCCUGCAGAGCAGAAUCUAGGCUUAAUUUUGCCACUUGUACUGAUUCCAAUGGUGUUGAUUAUCGGUGUGUCUGUUUACUGCUACAGGCGUAAGAGUCAACAAGCAGAACGAGAGUACAAGAAGAUUCAACUGCAACUGGAGAGCCUUGAGGAAAGUGUGAGAGAUCGAUGCAAGAAAGAAUUCACUGAUCUAGUGACUGAAAUGGAAGAUCAUUCAAAUGAUGUAAAUGAUGUUGGCAUUCCCUUUUUGGAUUAUAAGACAUACACCGAUCGCGUCUUCUUCUUGCCAUCAAAGGAUGGAGAAAACGACGUGAUGAUAACUGGUAAACUGGACAUACCAACGGCAAGGAGACAGAAAGUGGAGCAGGCUCUCAAUCAAUUUUCAAAUUUGCUAAACAGCAAAUCUUUCUUGAUUCAUUUUGUUCACACACUUGAGAGCCAGAAAGAUUUCUCUGCAAGAGAGAAAGUUUAUUUUGCAUCUUUGCUAACUAUUGCUUUGCAUGGAAAGCUUGAAUACUACACUGACAUCAUGAGGACACUACUCCUGGAGCUCAUGGAACAAUAUGUUGCUAAAAACCCAAAGCUCAUGCUUCGAAGAAGUGAAACUGUCGUGGAACGAAUGCUUUCCAACUGGAUGUCUAUCUGCCUAUACCAGUUUCUGAAGGAUUCUGCUGGCGAGCCACUGUACAGGCUGUUCAAAGGGCUGAAACACCAAGUAGAGAAGGGACCAGUUGAUGCAGAACUGAAAAAGGCCAAAUACACUCUAAACGACACAGGACUCUUGGGAGAGGAUGUCGAAUAUCAUGUACUUACUUUGAAUGUAAUUGUACGAGAUUCUGGAGAAUCUAUGCCUGUAAAGGUCUUAAGCUGUGACAGCAUAACUCAAGUCAAAGAAAAAAUCCUUGACCAAGUGUAUAGAAAUGUUCCCUUUUCACAAAGGCCGGCGCUAGACAGUGUUGUCCUUGAAUGGCGCCCAGGAUCCACUGGUCAAAUCCUUUCAGACUUGGAUGUCACUUCAGAACGAGAGGGGAAAUGGAGACGUAUAAACACUUUAAAACACUAUAAUGUGCGAGAUCUCUCUACUCUCAUUUUAGUGCAGUCUUCACAUGCUCAGCAACCUUAUGACCAUCAGCAGAUUAUCCAUGGUGAAAAAAGUGGACUUUUAGAAGAAGAUCGAAGGUGGCACUUAGUGCGACAAUUAGAUGAAGCAGAUGAAAGUAAAUCAAAGCGAGGCAGCAUGAAAGAGAAAGAGAGGACCAAAGCGAUCACGGAAAUAUAUUUGACAAGGCUUCUGUCUGUAAAGGGGACUCUGCAAAACUUUGUAGAUAAUUUCUUCCAGAGUGUUCUUAGUACAAAUCAAAUAGUUCCAACGGCCGUGAAAUAUUAUUUUGACUUCCUUGAUGAGCAAGCACAUAAGAAUGAAAUAAUGGAUGAAGAAACCAUUCACAUCUGGAAAACUAACAGUUUGCCAUUAAGGUUCUGGGUAAACGUAUUGAAAAACCCGCACUUCAUAUUUGAUGUGAAAGUUAAUGAAGUAGUGGAUGCAUCAUUAUCAGUGAUUGCACAGACCUUCAUGGAUGCAUGUACAAAGACUGAAUACAAGUUGAGCAGAGACUCGCCAAGCAACAAGUUACUAUAUGCAAGAGAAAUUUCCACAUACAAGAAAAUGGUGGAGGACUAUUAUAAAGGUAUUCGCCAGAUGGUACAAGUCAGUGAUCAAGAUAUGAAUACACACUUAGCUGAGGUCUCAAGGGCUCAUACCGACAAACUGAACACUGUGGUAGCACUGCAUCAGUUAUACCAAUACACAAAUAAAUACUACGAUGAGAUAAUAAAUGCCUUAGAACAAGAUCCAGCAGCACAAAAGAUGCAGCUCUCUGUCCGACUGCAGCAAAUAGCAGCUGCACUUGAGAAUAAAACGACGGACCUUUGACCAUUUCAUGGCUAUUAUGCAUAAUGGAAGUUCAGAUGUUAAAUUUUAUUACCUAGGGAAGAAAAUAGUGUUAUUUUUACUCUGCUGAUCAUCUUUGCAGUUCUUAAUUAAUUCAAAUCUUGAAGUCAAUUAUUUUGUAAAUUAACUAAUAUUCUAUAUUGUAUUAUAAACUUGGUCUAUAAAAACCUGUGGAGAAUUGUCGUAAAAAUGUAUACAACUUAGUUGCUGAAAUAAGAAUGUCUUGUACUGAACCAUGUUUUAUUUCAAAUAUAAAUUAUCUGAGCCCAAAUAUUGCUUUUAUGAUUUGGCCCACAUUCUGAUAAAUUCUGCUAUUUUAGUGAGUUGAGCCUUGUACAGUACAAUGUUUUCUUCUAAUCAUCUAAUGCUUCACUGUUAAUAGCAGUUUUUAAAAAAAACAUUAGAGCAUUAUUAAAAGUACUGCCAUUUAUUAUGUGCAUUCUGAUACAUUUUCUAGCUGAUUGUUACAACAGAAAUGGCAUGAUUUUUAUACUUAUAAUUUUAUCUAGUUCGCUUUGACAUUGAGACUGAAAUAGAAACUGUGGAAUGCUAAUGAAAAAUCAUUUCUUAAUUGUAUGUAAAACAGACCAAGUAGAGAAUGCUUGUAAAUUUAUGUUAAAAUGACAUUUUAGAAGUUUUUGUUACAAAUAGACCUAGUGACUACUGAAAUGUCUUUGAUAUUUUUGAUAUAAUUUGGGAGAUGGUGUGGCAAAUAAAUUCAGCGUUUUAUUUA